AUGAGCCCCGGAAAAAAGCCAUCCCCCCAAAAAAAGGGACCCCUCCUCCCACCUCGCAAUAUUGCCAUCUCAACCAUCCUGGUGGGGGUGGGCCUGGGCGCCGUGGCUGCGGCCUUUCCUGAGGUCAAUCGGGGCACUUUCGAGAAGCUGGAGGACAUGUCUGCCAAGCAGUUUAUGCUGGUAUUCAUUGCUCCCAUCAUCUUCGCCGAAGGUUACGGCAUGAAGAGCCAGCAGUUCUUCGAUAACAUCACGCGAAUCUUGUUGCACGCGUUUCUGGGCACGCUGAUCUCAGCCCUGGUCGUGGCCUUCGCGAUCUUCUACUUGGUGCCUCUCACGGGCGGCAUCACGCUGGGGCUGGCGGAGUGCCUCGCCUUCGGAGCGAUGAUUAGCUCGACGGAUCCUGUCACCACCCUCGCCAUCUUCAAGGAGCAGUCGCUGGCCGAAAAGGGCCGCGGCCACCUCUACUACUCGGUUUUGGGCGAGUCCAUACUGAACGAUGCGGUUGCCAUCGCACUCUUCGGCAGCUUCGCCGACCUGGUGAGCUCCGGGGAGGCGCUCGAUGCCGCUGUGACUGCGAGGAUCGUUCUGAACUUCCUGAAAGUCUUCGCGGCGUCGACUCUCAUAGGCGUGGCAGGUGGCUUGGCCACCGCCUUCCUCCUGAAGUCUGCUCGGCUGGGGGCGGGGUCGAGUGAAGGUGAGCAUCUCUACUUCAACAUUCCGGAAAUCGGAGUGGCGCUUGUUCUCGCCUAUGUCCCGUUCCUUGCGGCAGAGGCUUGCAACCUCUCGGGCAUUGUAGCCAUCAUGUUUGCAGGGAUUACAAUGCGCCACUACGCGCACUUCAACUUGACUCAGGUGACGCGGCAGAUCUUCCUGCCGACGGUGGAACUAAUAGCUUCGCUCUGCGAGACUUAUGUCUUCAUUCUUCUCGGCCUGGGCGUCUUCAUGAUCCAGGGUGCCUUCUCGGCGCCGCUGGUGGCCUGGACGGCCGUUGCCUGCCUCAUUGGUCGUGCAGUGAACGUUUACCCGCUGUCUUUCCUCGCCAACCGCGUCUCGGCGGGGCCGAAGCUGUCGGCGAAGGAGAUGCACAUGGUCUGGAUGGCCGGGCUGCGUGGAGUGAUUGCGUUUAUCUGUGCGCUGGGCUUCCCGAAUAAGGGCGGUCACCAGAACUUCUUCCUCUGCACCACUGUCAUCGUGGUGGGCGCUUCCUUGGUGUUCCUGGGCUGGCCGACGGCUCCCGCGCUGCGGUGCCUGGGUCUCGCGGAGCCCGAGCCGGAGCCACUGCGCGCUCCCCGGGCCUCUUGGUCGACGCUGCCUGGCGGGGCCUCCGCGCGGUGCGUGUCGCAGAGGCUGAAGAAAUUAUUGAUGACGCACGAUGCCAUCACGGAAGAGGAGAUGAACCAAUUCGAGGAGUCCAGUGGCACAACUGCCUCACCGGCAGAAGCAGCCAUGGGCUGCAUGACCAUCGCCUCUGGGCCCUUGGCUCGCCUCUCAGCGCCUGGGGGGACAGGCUCCCGCGAUGCCGGCUUCGAGGGCCGCGUCGGCCGCUUCUCGGCGCCCUCCCGGCUGCAUGGCACGACGGGCAGGCUGUCCAUGCCAAGCCGCUCUUCGCGUAUGCUCUGCGACAUGUGA